AUGACGUCCAUAGGCACCGGCUACGAUCUCCUCAACUCCAUCUUCUCGCCAGACGGCCGUAACUUCCAGGUCGAGUACGCAGUCAAGGCCGUGGAGAACGGCGGAACGUCCAUCGGCAUCCGGUGCAAGGAUGGCGUCGUCCUGGCCGUGGAAAAGGUCGUCGGCUCCAAGCUCUUGAAAGCCGGCGCGAACAAGCGUAUCGCGUCCAUCGACAGUCACAUCGGAGCAGCAUACUCCGGCAUGGUCCCCGACGGCCGCCACUUCGUCGACCGCGCCCGUGACGAGUCCCAGAGCUGGCGCCAAAACUUCAAAUCCCCCAUUCCCACAUCCGAUCUCGCCUCCCGCAUGGGCGGCUACCUGCAAGCCUACACCAUGUACGGCUCCGUCCGACCCUUCGGCAUCACCGCCAUCGUCGCCGGCUUCGACGCCUCGGACGAGACCCCCAUGGACGGCGAGGUCGGCUCGGGACCCAAAUGCGGCGCCGGUGGCAAGGUGCCCGGCAAGCACGGCGGCCCCUUCCUCUACAUGAUCGAGCCGAGCGGUCUGUACUGGGGCUACUACGGUGCCGCCACGGGCAAGGGACGACAGGCGGCCAAGGCUGAGCUGGAGAAGCUGGACCUGCCGGCGGGCAACAUAACCAUACACGAGGCUGUGAAGGAGGCGGCGCGCAUCAUAUACGCCGCGUCAAAGGACAACAAGGACAAGGAUUUUGAGUUGGAGAUGACGUGGAUCAGCGGCUCCGACGGCCCUACCAAAGGCCGUCACGUCGAGGUGCCAAAGGAGUUGCGCGAGGAAGCCGAGCGAUUAGCAAAGGCCGAGGACGACUCGGACGACGAUGAAGAUGACAAGAAGGACGACGACAAGAUGGAGGAGUAG